GUCAAUCAAAAUCACAUGGAUUCAGCUUCACUUCAGCUACUAGUGCACUGAAAAUUGCGAUAUUUCGGGUUAAGUCAUCAUCAUCAUCACAAAUGCAGUUGUAGACUGCGAUAUUAACCCGUGAUUCUGUCUAAUCUCUCUCCCGCUGUUAUUAUGGGUCAGAAGAAAACUGUUCGCAACCAGGCCAAAAAAGAGUCUCCCGUGGUAAAGACAGCCGUUAAGAGCGAUACGAAGGCUAAUGGAACCUCCCUGUUUAGCUGUAUUCUGGUGUUGGCCCUGCUCGGGGCCUGGUUGUCUGUGGGUGUCGUCUGGUUUGACAUUGUCGACUAUGACAGUGUGGCUGGCACUUUAGGAGGAGUCAUUGAUGCAGAUGGUGAUGGAGACUUUGAUGUAGAAGAUGCCAAAGUUUUGUUGGGAAUGACUGAGAAGCCGGUUAUGGUGGCAUCAACAGAGCAGUCUUUGGAUGAAGCGGGUUCAUCAAAAGAAGAAAAAGCGAAGAGUCCAACGACAGAGAGUGAAAAGGAACCGGAGACUAGUUUCAUGUCAGGUAAUGAAGAGUCCACAACAGGAGAAUCUACACCUCCAAUACAGAUUCAACCAGAGACACCUGCAGCUCAACCUGCGUCUGAACCACCGUCCACUCUUGAGACAAGCGAGUUAUCAGAGGAACCCACACCAGAGUCUAAAACAGAACCAGAAGCCAAAAAGAAGAAACCUAAACUUCUUAAUAAAUUUGACAAAACAAUCAAAUCGGAGAUCAACGCCGCUGAGAAAUUGCGUAAAAAGGGAAAAAUAGAGGAAUCUCUUCAUGCUUUUGAAGCUCUUGUCCAGAAAUUCCCACAUAGUCCCAGAUCUCGCUAUGGCAAAGCCCAGGCAGAGGAUGAUAUGGCUGAGAAAAUGCGCAGUAAUGACAUGCUUUUGAAGGCUGUGAAUACGUAUAAAGAAGCAGCUGAGCUCCCAGACGCGCCACCUGACCUCAUCAAAGCGACAUUAAAGAGACGUGCAGACAGACAACAGUUCUUGGGUCGUACGAGGGGAUCUUUAGCUACUUUGGAGAAGCUAGUUCAGAUUUUCCCUGAAGACGUCAGUGUAAAGAAUGAUCUGGGAGUGGCUCAUCUUCUCAUGGGGGACAACAAGAGCGCUAAACGAAUUUAUGAGGAGGUCUUAGCUGCUGCUCCAAAUGAUGGAUUUGCCAAAGUGCAUUAUGGGUUCAUUCUCAAAUCUGAAAACAAGAUUGCAGAGAGCAUACCAUACCUGAGGGAGGGUUUGGAGUCUGGCGAACCAGGCACAGAUGACGGGAGAUUUUACUUUCAUCUCGGGGAUGCGUUACAGCGAACGGGAGACACGAGUGCGUAUGACUGGUAUGAGGCCGGGCAUCAGCGCGGUCACUUUGCUUCUGUAUGGCAGAGAUCUCUGUAUAAUGUGCCAGGACUCCGCGCUCAACCCUGGUGGACAGCAAAAGAGACGGGAUAUACAGAUUUGGUCAAGAUGUUGGAGCAUAACUGGUUGACUAUAAGAGAUGAAGCAUUAUCGGUGUUGGACAGCAGCAGCGGACAGUUCCUGCCAGAAGAUGAGAAUCUGAGAGAGAAAGGAGACUGGGGCCAGUUUACACUGUGGCAGCAGGGUCGAAAAGUUGCUGCUUCGUGUCAGAGUGUGCCUAAAACUUGUGCUUUGCUAGAACGUUACCCAGAGUCUACAAGCUGUAAAAGAGGCCAGAUUAAGUUUUCAGUGAUGCAGCCUGGUACUCAUGUUUGGCCCCACACGGGUCCUACUAACUGUCGACUGCGCAUGCAUCUGGGCCUCAUCAUCCCUCCAAAGGGCUGCAAGAUCCGCUGCACAAACCAAACCAGGGAAUGGAAAGAAGGAAAGGUGUUAAUAUUUGACGACUCGUUUGAGCAUGAAGUCUGGCAGGAGGCAGAACGCUACAGACUCAUCUUCAUAGUGGACGUCUGGCACCCACAACUCACCCAAUUACAGAGACAGAACCUGUCACCCAUAUAAAGCAAUGGUCCGAU